AUUAGAAGGCAGAAACCUGUGGAACGCGUGUUUUGAAUUGUGUUCAAACGGACUCUGGUGAAAUCAGGCAGAGUGGAGGUCUGCAGCUGCUUGUUUUGGAUAAAAGUGUUUUUUCUCAACUUUUCUGCCGUUCUGGGAUUGAACAAUGAGGAAGAGCGAGGUGCUCGCAGCAGAGGCGGUGUCGUGCCUGAACAAGACGCUGUGCCACCUGAAGGACAUCUGGGAGGAGAUCGGCAUCCCGGAGGACCAGAGACUGCAGAGGACUAAUGUUGUCAAGAACCACAUUAAGAACUUACUGGAGAUGAUGGUUAAAGAGGAGGAAUCUCUGAAAAAGAGGCUCCUAAGCAGCAUCCAGACAUGCAGGACCGAGAUGGAGAAACUCUGCUUAGAACUCCAGAUUCCUAUUUUUGAGGAGGAAGAUGGUAUAAGCAUGCUCCAGCAGGAGAAGAACAUCCGCACCGAGGUGGAGGCUCUGAUGAAGGAGAAGAAUCAGCGGAUGCAGCAGCUGAAAGCCCUGCUGGAGCAGGAUCAGGACCUGUGUGACAUUUUGUGCUCCAUACCGUACGGCAUCGCUCCAGAUUCGGUCCCCUCGCUGGAGCAGCUGGAGAACUUCCACCAGCACAUCGGCAAGCAGAAUGAAGAAAAGGCAAGGCGAUACACAGAGUUCACAGAGCUCAAGAAGCAGAUCGUUUUGAUCAUGGAGGAAUUGGACCAUGUUCCAGAGACGAGCUUCGAGAAAGAUGUCGUCUGUGAAGAUGAGGACUCCUUCUGCCUUUCCAGGGACAAUAUCACGUCUCUCAAACUGCUCCUUUGUCAGCUGGAGGAACGGAAGGCGGAGAACGAGGCCACCUGCGAGAGUCACAGGGAGAAGAUCCAGCAGCUGUGGAACCGACUGCAGGUUCCUCAGGAGGAGAGGGAGCUUUUCAACGAACACAUGGUGACAUCCAGGAGGAGGAACCUGGAGGCGUUGCAAACGGAAGUGCAGCGUUUGGAGGAGCUCAAACUCCAAAACAUCCGAAACGUGACCGAAGCCAUCCGAUCUGAGAUCGCUGUGUUUUGGGAAAAGUGUUUUUUCAGCAUCGAACAGCGACAGAAUUUCACACCAUAUUUUAGUGAGGAUUUUAAUGAGGAGCUGUUGGCUCUGCAUGAUGCUGAGAUUCAGCAUCUAAAGCAGCACUACGAGGAUCACAAAGAGCUUUUCGAGGGGGUCCAGAAGUGGGAAGAAAGUUGGAGACUCUACCUGGAACUUGAUAAGAAAGCAACAGAUCCAACACGGUUCACUAACAGAGGAGGAAAUCUUCUUAAAGAGGAGAAACAAAGGUCAGAGCUUCACAAAAACCUCCCAAAGCUUGAGAAGAAAUUGAAAGCCGAGAUCGACACUUGGGAGGCCGAGCAGGCCCAGGAGUUCCUGGUGAAUAAUCAGAAGUUCCUGCAGUAUGUGGCAGAACAGUGGGAGCUACACCGGAUAGAGAAGGAAAAGGAGAAACUUGAGAGGCACCUAAAGAAGAGCAAACAGACGGAGGAGGAUAUGCUGUAUGGAACUGCAGUAAGAACUCCAACCAAACGUAGAUUCUUAGGCACAACGACCCCAAAUAAAUCCCGAAAGCUAAAUGCGACUUCCAGCAUGUCCAGUGGCACCUCUAACAGCACCAUGCGCUCCGUGUACGGCGGGACGGUCUGUCGCUCGCCUGUGCCUCGCCUUCCCCUCUCUGCAAACAAGACUCCAGCAGCACGGACACCAGGUGGUAGCAAGCCCCCCCACCCAAGGGUUCAGGGCUGCAACAAGGAGAACGAGGCUCAGUUGAAGGGGACCCCCAUGAGUGGUGCGUUGCAGACCCCGCCUUGUCCACAGCGUACCUUCAGCAUGGCUUCUGUAGCCAGCACAUAUUCUGAGUUUGUGCGAGACCUGUCCAAGGCCUCCAACACCAAGAUCCAGGACGGCAUCCUGAACUCAACCUCCACCAACCCCUGACUCUUCCAGUCUGAGGCUGAUUUGAGUCAUAAAAUAAAUAACAUCCGCUCCAACACAAGUUCAGGUGUCAGAGGAUCACUACUGUUCACUGCUUCUAGCUUUUAUGGAUAAAUGAAGGUAUUUAUAUAACGAGUGCAAUUAAGACAGGAAGAUGUGGUUAGAUACUGAUGGUGCCGUCUUAGCUCGAUUUGACACUUUCUGUUUAAAAAGAAAAUGUAAAUUAACACUAGCUGGGUUCUCAGCUGUCUGCCAAUCAUUAAGGUCUAUAAAAUAUUCUCCAUCUUAAACUGCACAAUUUCUUUUAUAUUAUUUAGACAAACUAACGUGAAGCUUUCUGAUAAUACAUUUAUUUAAAACAUGGACAAUAAACAGUAUACACUAACCACAAGAGGAGAGAUGCACUGUAUCAGGUUAUAGCUGUAAGUGGUAAUUUCCACCUGUAGUCCCUAUGCAGACUGGGGUUCCAGGCCAAAUGUAUUAUAAACACGUUGCACUUUUCUGAAAAUGUUUUGCAACUUGUAUAAUUUUAGGCCCGCAACGUUCUUUCCAAGUCAGUUUUUAUAUUUGAAUGUAUUUAUAUGUAUAUAUUUCUGCAAGUAUUGUUUCACAAUGACUUUAGGCCAUUAAGACUGUUAUCCUGAUGCAGCGCAGUAAUUAACUCAAAUGGCUUCAGUAUCAUGGCUGAAUUGGAAAAACAUGUCAAAAUAUGAUAAAUGUAUUUUUAAAAUCAAUAAAACUGGCUUCUCUUCUUAAAUUGA